AUGAAAUAGAAGAAAGUGAAGAAUAUUGAAUUUCAUUAUAUUGAUUUAUAUCAUGAAGUAACAUUAUAAUAUUUAGCUAAUUGUUUUUAAUUGAUUAAAGUAGAAUCAAUCAAUCUUUUAUAUUUUAAUGAUAAUAACUUAGCAUAAAUAAAUCGUAUUUUCCAGGGUAUAAACAAUUUGAAAAUUGAAAAAUAAACUUCUUCAAAUCUUAAUACUAAAUGGGAAGCUGACAAAAUUGAUCCGAAUGCAUCAGAUGAGAAAAUAAAUGAGAUCUAAUUUAUUGAAAAUCCUAAAAUAAACACUGGAUGGUAAGCAGUACAAAAGAAUUAAUUUAUUAAAGACGAUUACAUUUAACUUUCUGCAGAGUAUUAAGCACUGAUUCCAAACGAUCUAAGAAGAUCAUUAAACGUCAAUAGAGGAAUUAGUGGUCUGAUUGUUAAUUAAUUAUCAAGAAUUGAGGAUAAUUAACAAAAUUUAUUAGUAUAAAUAGAAACAAAUGAAUAAAUAAUUAUUGAUGCAAAAAAUUAAAUUGACAGUAUAACGAAAAGAGAUCUAUAUGCAUAAUCAGUUGGAAAUAUUUAAUUUUUGUUAAAAUUGUACGAUUAUUAUGAAGUUUGGAGCAAAUUGAAUUAAUAUUAAGCAACUAUUCAAACUUUUUGGUCGGUGCUGAAUGGGUCCUUAUAAAUUGUUUCUUUAAUUUAUUUGAAUAAUGAACCUAAUAUGUUUAUAUCUGCAUUAAUAGCCUUAACUGCAAUCAAUCCAAUAUUAUAGAUGUUAUCAUUUGCAGUAUUUUAAUAGCGUGUUUUUAAAAAUUUUUCACCUUUAAGAUAACUGUCUUAUAUUCUUUUAUUUGCAAUAUUUAACUUUUUAAAGAUUUGGGAUAUCGUUAUGAUUUGUUUAUUUUUAGCAGUAAAGAGAUUCUCUGAAGAUGUAAAGAGAAACUUUAGUGGUUAAGGAUACUUAAAGUUCAAGAGUUAUGCCUCAAAAUUUUCAGGUAGUAUAGCUACUUCAGUAUUUUAGAAUGAAACAGUUUAAACUGAUCCUAAUGAUAUUAAAUAAAUAUAAAAUUAGCCAUUUUAUGAGGCUGUAAUGUGGAGAACAAAUGUUGAAGAAGCUUUGAAUAAAAUUCCUUAGUUCUUUGUAUAUAUUUUAUCUUUAGCAUCUACUCAAUUAGAUGGUAUUUGGGUAUUUUCUUUUGGUCAACAAAUAAAAGAAGGUAUAUUUGCAGUAAAAGAUUUAUUAGAAGUUGUUAUUAAAGACUAUUUUAUUCCAGCUUUAAUUUUAAGUACAGUUUCAGUGGAUUAAUUUUUUUAAUCUAUGUUGUAUUUGAGCUCAAUAUCAAAUUAAAUACUAUUGGAAUAUCCUAAAUCUUUUUAAAUUGUGUCAAAAGUAAAAUAACAAUACUUAAAAGAAAAAUUUACUUUUAAAAUUAAUGUGAAAACUUUAAAUUUUACUAAUUAUGGAGAUUUAAAAAAAUAGAAGUUAUUAGCAUAAUUUAGGUAUGUUCUAGCUUCAAUAAAUACUAUUUUAGAAAUUGAUUAAGCAUAAAGAUUGUUUUGUAUGGGAGCUGAACUAAAUGAUUUAAUAAGAUGUUUAAAAGAGAGUCCAUUGUAUUAAAUAAAGUUGAAUUAUUAUUUGGAUGAAGUAAAACCUGAACAUAUUCCUUACAUUAAUGCAUUUAUUAAAAAUUGUCCAAAAAAUUUACAAUUCUUAUAAAUCCAAGUAGAAUCUAGUAAUGUUCAAUAAAUGGAAGUCUAUGUAGAAAGAAAUAAUAUUCUAACAGCCUUUUCUUAUUCAUAUUUUUAAAUUAUACAAUAAUACAAAGAUAAAUCUGUAGUAGUUUAAUAAUAAACCUUGAUAAUAGAUGAAAAAUUUUUAAAGUUAGAUAGGUACAAUUUUGAGUAGUUUUAUUUUGAAGUUUCUGGUAAUCUUAAUUUAAGAAAUUGUCAUAAACUCUUUGAAAAUUUCGAUAAAUUGUAAGUUUUCAAGGUAUCUAUUUUCAAUAAUGCAGAAAUUCAGACUUUUGAAUUUUCUUAGAAUUUAAGAAGUAGAGCAUUGAAUAUUCUGGAUAUUACUUGUGAAAAUAUUAUAUUAAGCUUUAAGCAAUAUCCUUUUAAUAAUUUAACGUAAUUUAAGAUGAUUUUGAAAAGGUGUGAAUUUAACAAAGAGGAACUUAAAAGGAUAUUAUAAGGUUUAAAUAACAAAACAGAAGUUGUUUAUAUAGAUAUGUCAUAAUGUUUGUAGCGCUUUACAGUAACUGAAUAGAAAGACUUAGUAAGAGGAUUAGAAAUUAAGAAGAUUGAUGCUUUCAUAAAAAUUUGA